AUGGCAGAGUGUACAAAGGACAAUGGUCUAACGGAUUUUAGCAUGGAGAAGGCAUCUAUAUUGACAGAUUUGGAAGAGAGAUUUCAGGAGAAUGGUUUGAAGGAUAGAGAAGAUGAAAAUAUAUAUAUAACUACUUUUGAUUUAAGUAAAGAUCAAAAAAUCUCUAAUUAAUAAUCAAUUAUUUUUUAUUCCUUUUCCAUCAAAAAUAUUAUAAUCUUUGAUUUAUUGAAAUACUCCCCCUUGGGAUCUUAAUAAGUGAUUAUAUUGUAAAAAACCAAAAUCUAAGAAUAAGAAUAAUUAUAUUUAAGUUGA